GCGUUUUUGACCCCAUUUGACCUUUAAUCCUCGGUCCGAACCAACUAAUGCCGGACAAUUUAAAAUCCACAGGUUUUAACUUUACUUUCGUUUUCCCGUAUUUUCGGAAAACCCGGUUAUAAAUAACUGACAUAUUUACUUUACUUUCGUUUUCUUGUAUUUUCGGAAAACCUGGUUAUAAAUAACUGACAUAUUUCCUUCACUUUCGUUUUAUCGUAUUAUUUGAAAAUGUUAUAUGGGAUUUACGUGAUAUUUUCUGAAAAAUGGUCGUAUUUUGCAACACAAACCUAAUCGAUUAACACCAGAACAUUCUUUGCUGACUUAUAAUACAUACAACGAUAGAACAGAAACAAUGAAAACGAUUACAAUGGAUAAAAAUACAACAGCAGACCUGUUAAAAGAUUUGACGGAAUUAACAACCCAUUUUAAAGAUAAUUACAAAGAAGAUUUUGUAUGCCAAGAAUGGGCUACAACAUUCAGUUCAAAGUAUUACAAGAAAUUGGUUGAUACAUGUAAGCCAACAAAGCGACAAACAAGGAGUACGUUAAAAGAAAAGCUUAAAGAAGAAAUUACGAAAUCAUUCGGACAAGAGGAGGUUUUAGAAAAUUUUAAUGUGGAUAUUUCAAGCGAGGACAAAUGUAUUGAAAGCAUUAGAAAUUUAGACAAGCAGAUAUACAGAAACAAACGGAAUAUUGUUUAUUGUACACAUCAGAUUGGAUUUAUUAUUAAAAAUCUAAGAUCAGUUAGCCCAAAGGAUUGUAAUCUGGGACUUUAUUUUCAUCGCAGAGGUGUACAUUACACAGAUUCCUACUGUCGAAACCUGGCUUUAGUUUAUGAAUUAAUUGAGAAACAUAAGAAUUUAUUGAAGUGUGCUUUAAACACUGGAACUUUAAUCAAAAAUAGUAAAUUAAUCGAAGAAAUAUGUACAGAGUUGCAUUGGUAACAAAAUCAGCUUUUAACAGUAGAAAUCUAUGUAAGGAUUCCAAGUAUUAUGUUCACAUUUAUUUAUAGUAACGUUUACACUGUAAACGCACGUCACUUCCGUUCAAGUAUUUUUAACAUUAGUGGAAUUUCCAUGUACAAUGUUCAUAUUUAUUUAUAGUAACGUUUACACUGUAAACGCACGUCACUUCCGUAUACCAUGUUCAAUUUUAUUUUUAACAUUAGUGGAAUUUCUAUAUAUCUAUACAUUUAUUUAUAGUAACGUUUACACUGUAAACGCACGUCACUUCCGUUCAAGUUUAUUUUCAUAUAUCUAUACUUCUAUUUAAUGUAACGUUUACAGUGUAAACGCACGUCACUUCCGUAUACGCUUUUGGGAGUAGUAUGGAAUAUAACGCUUAUGAUACAUUUUUGUUAGUAGUAAAGAAUAUUACGUUCUUGGUACAUUUUAAUCCAUUUUAACUCAUUUUAUUAAAAUAAUUUAUAAUUGUUUGUUCAUUUACUCUUUUAUUGUUAACUUUUAGUAUUUUAUACAAUAAAUCAUAAAUGUUUAUACCAUCUUGUAACAUUUUAAUGAAAAAUAAACAAUAGUAUCCACAGCGUGUACUUGUUUUGUCUUGAUAUUGUAUGUUGUUAUACUUGACCCCAGGUAUAUAUUUAAUUACUUCUUUUGGUGGAGGAAGUCCAAAUGAAUCAAAGUACAUAUCAUUUAAGUAACAAACCCAAUGUGUUCCAGACCCAACAGAGUCAUCUAAAUUGAUUAUUCCACACUCGUCCUUUGCUUUUGAUUUUAAUAAAUUUAAUAAAUUAUUUCUACUAAAUACACCCCUAAAGUUUUUAAUUUUUAAUUGUUUAAUCCAUUGUUCAAUUUUAAAGUUAGAAAUUGGUUUUUUUAUAAAUUUUUUUUUUACUAUAGGAAUUCGUCUGUACGGUCUUCGUUGUAAGUCAAUCUGUAUACCCUGGCCAUGUCCCUUACCACUUAACAAAGAUGUAAUCAAAGGUAUUCCUAGACUAGCAGCCAACAUGCCUAAAAAACCGCCAUUUUGUUUCUGUUUUUGUGUUAAUUUAAUCACUCCAGAUCCUACUAGUUGCUUUCUUUGAUUAGGUGUAAGAUAUGGCGAUAUUAUAUUUCUCUUAUCAUUAGCUACUGAAAUCAUACCAUUUCCAAGUAUUUUACUAACACCAGUACUGGCCAGUCCGGAAAGGGCUCCGAUGCCUAGAGGGGCUAAUAUUUUUGGAACUAUUUUUGCUGCCAUUGGAAGAAUUGUUUUUCCUAACAAACCAGCCAAAGCUCCUAAAAAUCCACCAUUUUGACCUUGACUGGACAUUUGUUUUUUUGAAAUUUUAAU